AUGUGUCCAGAUAAGCGAGGCCUGGAAGAUGCUGAUGGCGUUCACCCCAUCACUAAGCAGUAUGGGUCAGAGUGUGGCUACAUGUUCAGUAUCCUCCCUCUGCCUGGCCAUGUUGAACUCAGAGCCUCCUACUUCUCCUGCCACACUGACAACCAGGACGAUGAGGUGUUCACUUUUAGCUUUAACUUGAUCACAACUGCUGCAAGUGGAGUGGAAACCACCUACGCUGUGAAUGCAACCUGCUUCCUCCCUCUACCCUGGUCCCCCAGGGAAGUCAGCUGUGAGGAGAACUAUAUGGAGGCCCACAGCUCUGCCACGUCUACCUGGCAGGUGAUGUUCCAGCAGGAGGGGCAGCAGCUGAUUCCCAUGUCAUUCUCAGAGGCUCGGGAGCUGGGCUACGUGUUCCACCUCACCCAGGGGAGACUGGUGUUCCGCUCACCCUACACGCCACGGUCUGUCAUGGGGUCUGUCUCCAUGAUCAAUGGUUCAGUGGUGGAGGUGGUCCAUCCCAUACUGUUCUCCAGGCAGAGAUGGGUGGUUAUGAUGGUGGACUGGAUUGUUGCGUGCAGCACUAAUGAAGGGAUGUAUGAUGGGGCGGGGCUGGUCUGGCAGACCCCCACUCUGCUGUCCCCGCUGGUCUCUGGCCUCUCUGGGUUGGAGAGCAGCAAGAUCUCAAUGGGGGUGGAUGGUCAGCUCCUGGAUGAGCCCAUCACAGCAGAGCGAGGCUACAGCCUGGACAUCAGUGACACCACUGUCCAGAUCAGCAUCCCUUUCAACGCUGCCGGAGGAUACAGAAAAAGCUUUGUGAAGGACAACAUGUAUCAUGAGUUCUAUGUGGUCCGUCUCUACUAUGAACAAAUCUUUCUUGAUGACUGUGGUGUGGAGACCAGACUCCGCCUCCACAGGCCCAUGAACACACCCCUUCUGAUCCAGCACCUCUCCAUCAUUAACCAAACAGUCCUUGAGGAUCGUGUGUUUACUGUUUACCUGGGGAACCUGUACUACGAUGUUGACCUGGUGGCUGUGAAGCUCAAUGGUCACAACUUCACCAUACUAGAGGCGACUAAAAGUGGCCUCAUCAUAACCACGGUCCCCCAGCCCAAUAGUAACCUUCAUGCCUACAUUCUCAGGCUGCCAUUUGAGGAUGCUGCUGUUCACAAGCUGUACUCUCCAGAGGGGCUUCUUCAGUUCUCGAUGGACAUCAACUACACUUUGGUCAUCCUGCCUCAAGAGGAGCCCUUCUACUACCUGGCCUCAGUCGUGGCUCAGUUCAAUGAUGUCUUUCCUCCGGUCUUCAAAGGCGUCUGCAAUGAGAAAAGCAUCAGUUUCCAGAUGUCCCAUAAGCCAUUUGACUACCUGUGGGAGGUGGGCGUUGGCCCCUACAUUCUGACCGCAAAUCUGGCAGCCAAGCGGGGCUACAUCAUGCAGAAUGACAGCAAGAGUCUGACCCUGGAAGUGCCCCUCUUCUCUGUUGGCUACACUUAUAAGGACAUCAAUUUGAAGCAGUUCUACGGCUCAUUUGAAAUUCACUCACGACUUCCUAAGACCUUGGAGGUCAAGAGUUCCUUGGCCAAAGCUUGUCUCUUCCAGACUACUGAGGUCAUAGUGUGUUCCACUGAAGGGGUGGUGACAGUGGUUACUGAUGUGACUCUGGCUGGAGCUGAACCCAACGGAACCUUUCUCCUGGACUCCACCUGCAGGCCUCAAGAGACAGAUGGCACUAGGGUUCUCUUUAGCUUUGGACUCCACACCUGUGGUACCAGGGUCCAGGUUGACCAUCAGCAUGUUACCUAUGAAAAUGAGAUCAACGUUGAGCACAAGAUCCGAUCUGCACUUGUGGCUUUAAUGUUCAGCUCUCUUUUUAGGAUUACAGUUCGGUGUGUCUAUCCACUGAGUGACCUAUACAAGCUGUUUGCAUAUUGGCGGUUUGAUGCAGACUCUCCAGGAGUUGGCACCAUCUUGACUAGAGUUCCUGUAACAACCCACCUUUCCACCCACCACCAGAAGACCGUUGACCUCCACAACUACUUCCAGCACAGGCCUUAG